UCCCACCGUACUAUUUUAGGUUUACUUGCAGGAAUCUCUAGAACAUUGUCUCUCCUCCCCCCAAUGGUACCGCACUUCGUCAAUCGCAAAACAGAAUGCGACGAAAUCAGAAAAUACCUUUCUCCACUGCACAGUUGCAGAUGCCUUCACAUACAUGGUGCCACUGGCAUAGGGAAGACAACCGUGGCGACGAAAGUGGCAAACGACAUAUUGAAUUCUGACGGACGUACCGUGGUGAUCUACGUUAACUGUAGAAACAUAAAACUUUCCCAUGAUUUUGCUGAGAAGGCUCUUCAGCAAGUAUAUCACGUACCUGUGGAGUAUCCAAUACCUGAGCUGAAAAAUCGCUUGAAAAGCCAAGAUUUCUUCACCAUUUUGCUAUUGGAUAAUUUUGAAUUUAUACUUCAUUUGGAUGACAGAAUGCAGCUCCCCGAAAGUGAAUUGUCACUCCAGGAGAUGAACCCAUCUGAGGAAGGAUCGAAGAUUAAGAAUCUAAUCAAUGAAAUUUUAAUGGUUGCAGACAAAGUCAAGCUUCUCGUCACCUCCUCAGAGAAAGUUAGUUUUCCGGAAUCAGGCCAAGAAAUGGUUCAUCUGUCACCUUUUAAGCCAGAAGAAUCCGUUGAGCUUUUGAGAAGAGUGUGGAAGGAUAGGCAAGUCGAUACAACCCAAGCACAUGACUUGUCAGAGAUUUGCAGUGGUAUUCCCCUGGUCCUUUACACCCUGGCCUCCUCCCACAAUAACCUGCUAAGUCUCUUGAAAGAGACGACCUGUUCUUCGCCUCAAGAGAAAUUCGAGUUCUUGACAAAGAUUCAAACGGUAUCAGAGAAUAUGAAGAUCAACGUUUGUAUCGAUUAUUGCUUCGAGAGGCUUGUUUCGAUAGAAAAGUGUGCCCUUAUCAGAUUUGCAUUACUCAGAGGGCGUUUUUCUUUGUCUGAAGCGAUGAAAAUAUUUCAAUCAACGGAGAUGAGUGCGUCUCAACUCAGACGAUGUGGACUGGAACUGUCCAAGCGAUCACUUUUAGAAGAACACAUUAUUGGAGAUGAAUGUUCCUAUACCCUCCUUCGAGUAAUUCGUGAUUAUUGUGAAACUAAAGCAAUGGAGCCGGAGUUUUGUGAAGUGAUCUUAGAUGCUCGGAGGGCGUUUAUCCUUCAUUUUUUAACCUUUCUGAAAGACAUCUUUAAAAUGUUCCUGAGCCAGAACGCGUCAGAAGCUAUUGCAGCCUUUCAGAAAGAUGAGGCAAAUGUCAUGCAGCUCGUUGAAUGGUGCAGAAAUGGUCAAAUGGAUGAAGAGCAAACAGGAAAGUGCAUUGAUGUUUUCAACAGCGUGACGGAGCUACUGGCGAAGAUGAUGGGAAAGGCCAAAUUUGAAUAUGCCUUCAACUCUCUAAGAAAGAGAUGCAAAGAGAUGAAAGAUCAGACGAGACUGAGCGAUUGCCUCACAUCCUUGGGGCUGAAAGAAGUAUUCAGCUGUUCUUGUCCUCCAAUUGGUCCGUGUGCUUUACACGCUGAAAUAGCCAAAGAAUACUUCACGAAGGCUGACGGAAUCCAACGUAAUCUUGGAGUUAAAAAAGGGAACAGCCGAGCUCAGUGCCUUGCCAAACUUGGUCGAUGUCUCGCCACAGAAGGCUUUUUUGAGGAGGCAAAAGAAAAAGUUCAACAGGCAAUCAGAAUUCGAUCGGAAGGACAGGAUGACAACGUUAUGCUCGGUGCAACGUAUAAUGAUCUGGGAGGUAGGUGCACAAAAUGAUUAGGUACCAAAUUAAUUUGCGAGCGCAUUGAUCAUAUAUUUUCCAAGGCAGUUUGUGGGAUCGUAUUUUAAGGUUAUUUUGAGCAUUUGCUUACGUAUGAAUCUUCAAAAUCGAUGAAUAAAGAGUCACAAUUGAAAACGCAGUACAGAUUGUGGCCUGUGCUCUGAGUGAAAAAAGCAUGGGAAGCAUCCUAAUCCUCCAUUAUGAUUUUAGCCUCUCAUUAGUCAAGAUUCAGCUUAAUAGCCGCCAUUCAUUUAGUCUGACCCUUGACAGGAUCCUUAGAACACCGAGAAGGUGCAAAACUCUGAAAUAUAUUGAAAAGUGUCCUUAUAAUGUUUGUAAUCAACCACUAGAUGCUAUCUAGUGGUUGAUUAUAAACAUUAUAAGGAACGAAAUCCUUCACAUGAAUUCUAAUGCAUAAUACUUUAAAGGGGUCACGGCUACUUCAAAAAUCCUUUCUUUAAGACAACAAAAAUCACUUUUACUACCUUUCUUAAUUAUCUUCAUGGUCAACCGAAAAUGACUAAAUUGGAAUUAUUGUAUCUUUGGAAUUAUUUACAAAUUCAAUGAUGAAACUCUAAUUCCCUCGGUAGUGAUCCUUUCGCUCAAGGGAAAUCAUGAGCAGGCAAUCAAGGUCAGAGAAAGAAAGACGCUACCCAUUUACAGAAAAACACUGGGUAAACAUCCUUUCACUGCGACCAUCCUCAACAGUCUGUCAAACAAUUAUUUUGCCCUGGGAAAGUACAACACUGCCGAACGAUAUUCGGAAGAAGCGUUGAAGAUUCGGCUCGAGUUACUGAAGGACCAUCGAGACACAGCUAAGUCGCUUUUUGACCUUGCGAUGGUUCAUAAAAUGAAGGAAGAAUUCGAACCAGCCAAGCGUUGUCUUGAAAGAUGCGAGGCCAUGCAAAAGAAAAUAUUGGAUGAAAAAAACAACGAUCUUACAAGGUAA